GGAGAUGGAGAAGUUGUUGCAAUCUACGAUUAUGAGACAUACGCUCCGCCUUCCACCAAUGGAAACGGUGGCCUCGGAUUCAUCGGCAUGCAGCGCUGCACCGACUGCUCAUCCAGUCCUAUCGCAGAUCUGGCAUCACGUCAAGCAGCACAAGGCUGGGCUACCGUAUUUACGCUGAACGAACCUGAUAUCAACGGUAUCACCCCAAGCGAGGCCGCUUCUUGGUACAUUCAAUACGUCAACCCACUGGCGAUCAAGAAGGCCCUCCCUGCUGUUACCAACAGCGUAACGUCUGGAGAGGGUCUUAGCUGGGUCUCUCAAAUGAUCAGCGCUUGUGCAGGACAGUGCUACUUCGACUACAUCAACUUGCACUGGUAUGGAACAAGCUUUGCGGAUUUCCAGAGCUACGUACAAUCGGCCAAUAGUCAAUUCCCCGAUUAUCAACUCGUCAUCACGGAGUUUGCUCUCCAGAACCCUGCAGAUGGUCAAGCAGAUCAGGUGACCUUCUUCCAACAGGCGUUCGCUUUCCUUGAUGAGGCGUCAUACGUUCAACUUUACUUCCCCUUCGUAGCAACUUCGCCAACGCUCCUCCAAACGAACAACCCUGAUGGCGCUGCUCUUAUCGGAACCGGAUCGUGCCUCUACAACGACGACGGGACUCCGUCCGCAGUUGGAGACCUCAUGUACUAAUUUUCUUCCAUUACCUCAUCGUGUGCAUGUGCAUGCUUUGGUGAAAGAUGCAGACCACAAUACAUGAAAGUUUCCGCUUGCUUCUGUACAAUAUUUAUCGGUUUAUUGGUUCUUAAACUUAUUCCUUGUUAAAUGAUACAUCACGACUUCUGGCAUGAUCGGCGUUUUAUCAUUUCAGCCACACACAAUCCAAUAGCACCACACUAGCAGGAGUCGCAUUCAUGAUUCAUCUUUGCUUCUAAAUAUAUACCGACCAACGCAGAAGCAGGCCGGGCUGGUGCUUCCAGUUGGGGCCCACCUUAUGGGUAUAUUCAAUAUGCAAUUAACCAAUUGACCAGGUUAAUCUUAGAAGUUAAGACGUCGAUCGAUUAUGAUUCACC